AUGCAGGCUGGAAGUCUUCACUUGUCGCCAGUAUCUGUUGAAAUCACUUAUGGUCUUGAGCGUAUCCUCAUGUUGCUUCAGGGAGUUGAUCAUUUUAAGAAAAUUCAAUACGCUGAUGGAAUUACAUAUGGGGAGCUUUUCUUGGAGAACGAGAAGGAAAUGAGUGCAUAUUAUCUAGAGAAUGCUGGGGUGCACCAUGUUCAGAAGCAUUUUGAUCUUUUUGAGGAGGAAGCUCGCUCGUUGCUUUCUUCAGGCCUAGCAAUACCUGCGUAUGAUCAGCUUCUGAAAACAUCUCAUGCUUUUAAUAUCUUAGACUCUAGAGGCUUUGUUGGGGUAACAGAGCGUGCUCGGUACUUUGGGCGGAUGCGUAGUUUAGCUCGUCAGUGUGCACAACUUUGGUUAAAGACCAGGGAAUCUCUUGGAUAUCCACUAGGCGUGGUUUCUGAAACUGUUAAUCUUGUAUGUCCUGAAGAGCUUGUGGAGGCAGCAGUUAAAAAG